GUGGAUGUGUGUGACCGGCCGCCAGGGGAGCGUGCGGCUGCCGGCGCCGGGCUGCAAGCGAGACGCCCGCACCCGCGGCCGAUUGGCAGCGCGGGGACCCUCAAGCUCAAAGGUGCUGAAGAACUGAGCCCCCUCCCGCUGAGGCCACCGGAGGCCAGGUGGGGCCAUGGCAGGGCAUGGCUGUGUGGGGCUGGGGCUGUUCUUCUGGGUCCUGCUUGCUGUUCCAGUGGGCCCCCAGCCUGCCUUCUCCGUCCCAGGUGUCCCUCUCACCACUUUGACCCCACCACCUCAGAGUGAGGCCUCUAUGCUGUCUCUCAACCUGGGACUGAACUUCAAAUUCCACCUUCGGGGACCUGCUGCUGCCUGGGGGAUCUCCGUCACGGAGACCCAGCCACUCUCUCCUGGGCCAAGCCGGGAGCCUGAGGAAGAGGUGGCCAGUGGGCUGAGGACUGAUCCCCUUUGGGAACUGCUGGUGGGCUCCCUUGGGAACUCCCCCCCAGAGUGGGGCUCUGCUGAAGGCAGCUCUACUCCUUGGGCCUCCUCCCUGUCUCCAGAGUCCACAUCCCCCGUCUCUGGGCCCACUGACCGGCCCACUGCUCCCUAUCAGCCCAGGAUGGGCACUGUGACCUGGGACACUGCUCUGACAGCCACGGCACCUCCAUCCAGUGCUCCCAGGCUCCGCCAGAGUGAACUGGAGCUGAAGUUCGACAUGGCGCUGAGAGCAGGUGCAGCUCCCACGCUUGGGCAUCGAACGCUGCCCCUGCUGCCCAGCCUACGGGCCAGUCUGGCAGAGAUAGCUGGGCGCCUGGGACCCUUUGGCUUCUUCGGCACUACUCUGUCCCCACUGCGGAACUUCUCAGGCCCAAGCCCUCUAGGCCCAACUCCAUCCCCAAGCUCUGCCUCUAGAGUUUCAGAUUCUCCAGGGCUCUUUGGCACCACUCUCUCCCCACCCCCAUCCCCCCUGGAGAGAAAGCUCCCAAGCUCAGGCCCGUUGGACCCAGUCACUUCCCUAAACUCUGGCACGAUGGCAACAGCAUUCACAGACCCCACCACCCGCGCGUCUGGCCCAGAGGACUCGUCUCCUGCCAGCCUCGGGAAGCCUUCGGUGGAGCCAGAGUGUGCGGCAGGGUCCUGCAGCAUGGGAGAGCUGCCUGAACCCGACGGGCAGCCUCCUGUGGCUCCGCUGCCCCUCUUCUUCCUGACCCUGGAGGCCAACUGGGCAGAGGCCAGAGCUCGCUGGGGGCUGGCCUGGGAGGCCCACGUAUACGGGGUAGGCACGCUCUUCGGCCUGGUGGCCCUGCUGGCGCUGCUGGCCCUGGCGCUCUUGCCCUGGCGCUGCCCGCCCGGCGCCCCCUGCCUGGCGCUGCUGGACCUGCUCCUGCUCUCGGCCGGGACGACGCGGGCCUUCCCGCUCUUCUACGACGCCUAUGGGCACCGCGACCGGCUGCCCCCGCUCGCCUGGCUGCUGCUGCAGGACCUUCCGCUGCCCUGCCUGGCCGCCGGCCUGGGCCUGGCAUGCCUGCUGCUGGCC